GGUGUAAACACAAAGAUGGCGGAGAAUAAGCGAAGUGCAGAGGCUGUCGGCUCCAACAACACAGUGGAUGUCAGGGAGAUUGGCACCAUCAUCUAUUCCUUGGGUUGCUUUCCCAGUCAGGCUGACAUACACAACUUUAUUGCUGAGGUGGAAGAGGACCAAACAGGAUAUAUCCAUUUUGACAAGUUCCUCCCAGCCAUGACAAGAGUGCUGCUCGAAAACAAGUUCCCUCCCAUCCCUGAGGACCGUGUGCUUCAGGCCUUUGAGAAUCUGGACAAAGAAAAGAAAGGUUACCUGGACUCUGAGGAGCUGACCAAUUACCUGACACAAGAAGGUGAGAUCUUCAAUCAGCGAGAGAUGGAGGAGAUGCUGGUAGCAUUUGCUGACCCUGAGAAACGCAUUUAUUACGAAAACAUAAUCUGCCAGCUGACCUUCGACCCUGACAAGUAGUCAAAGUAAAUCUGUCAGCAUGUUUAGAAAUCUUUGUUCUGGUGCUAUAGCUUGAUUCUGACUUUGUUUAUGGGGCUGUCUUAUGAUUUAAUCAAAAUCCUGAACACUUUGGCAGAUUUAGGGAAUGUAUGAAUGAAGGGCCAAAAUGUGUGACAUACUUUAAAAGAGAAAUAUGUUACACAAUUUUGCAUGUUGUUAUGGUUCCAUGCAUUAAAUAUUGUAUUCAAACUA